AUGCCGAUCGACCACAGGUGGUCAGCUAAAUUGCUGUUGAAAUUGUUCAACCGUUCUCAUUUCCUAAACGUAGAUGUAGAUACAGUCGGUUACGCCAUUUCAAAAGCGGAUGUCCCAGCAUGUAUACGAACAACACCUCCCAGCAAGGGUCAAGGAAUGUGUGUUGCUCAAAGUGAACUUGAUUUGGUGGUUUUGUUAAGCUGGCUUUACAUCAUGGUUGGAGAGCUAUCAAUGCUCAGGCGCGGUGUGCCCACCUUGUGCGCUGCUGAACGAUCCACCAAGAAAGAGCAACAAAACAACUAUUUCACCCCAAUCACCGGUAGUGCCCGUGAACCAGCGAAAACCGAUAGCUCACCGUCACACCUUUCAGAUAGUGAUGGAGUUAUUUGUCUAUCUUUGGAGUUGGCUUCCAUGUGA